CGGCACCGCGCCUCCCUCCCCCCCUUCCCCAAAUCCUCCUCCCCUCCCCAAUUGGGCCAAUAGCCCGCUCCGCUUCCAGUCGCGGCGUCGGUCGGGGAAGAAGCUUCGCUCCCGUGCCGCAGAUCGGGAGAGGAGCUCCCCGCUCCCGCCUCGUCGUCCGCUUCCCCGCCGCCGGUCUCUCCGGGAGGCGUCUCCGUCGCCGGCGAUGAGCUGCUUCGUCUGCUUCGGGUCGGCGGCGCAGGACGAGGAGCCUAGGAAGCCCGCUGCCGCGGGCGCCGGCAAGGACGCCGCGCCGGAUCGCGCAGUGGCUCGCGUCGGAUCAGAUAAAUCAAGAUCACAGGGUGGACCAGACUCUAAGAAGGAUCUAAUUAUCCAUAAGGAUGGGAAUAGUCAAAAUAUUGCAGCACAGACUUUCACUUUUCGUGAGCUCGCUGCAGCCACUAAGAACUUCAGGCAAGAUUGCCUUUUAGGAGAGGGAGGUUUUGGUCGUGUAUAUAAAGGACGCUUGGAGAAUGGGCAGGCUGUUGCUGUGAAACAACUUGAUCGUAAUGGUCUCCAAGGAAACAGGGAAUUUCUGGUUGAGGUUCUCAUGCUCAGUCUCUUACAUCACACUAACCUGGUCAAUCUAAUUGGCUACUGUGCUGAUGGUGACCAACGCCUUCUUGUUUAUGAGUUUAUGCCAUUGGGGUCACUAGAAGAUCAUCUGCAUGAUCUGCCACCAGAUAAAGAGCCUCUUGAUUGGAACACACGGAUGAAGAUAGCUGCAGGUGCAGCUAAGGGCUUAGAACACCUUCAUGACAAGGCGAGUCCUCCUGUGAUUUACCGGGAUUUUAAGUCAUCAAACAUUCUUCUUGGAGAAGGAUUUCAUCCGAAGCUAUCGGACUUUGGCCUUGCAAAACUUGGUCCGGUUGGUGACAAGACCCAUGUUUCAACACGUGUGAUGGGUACAUAUGGCUACUGUGCCCCAGAAUAUGCAAUGACUGGGCAGCUGACGGUUAAAUCCGAUGUGUAUAGCUUUGGUGUUGUGUUCCUUGAACUUAUCACGGGGCGUAAAGCAAUUGACAAUACUAAGACCCAAGGGGAGCAAAAUUUAGUGGCAUGGGCUCGUCCACUGUUCAAGGACCGAAGGAAAUUCCCUAAAAUGGCUGAUCCAAUGCUUCAGGGCCGCUUCCCUAUGAGGGGUCUAUACCAGGCCUUAGCCGUUGCUGCCAUGUGCUUGCAAGAGCAAGCUGCUACACGUCCUCACAUCGGGGAUGUCGUCACUGCUCUCUCAUAUCUUGCUUCUCAGGCAUAUGACCCAAAUGCCCCUGUUCAACACGUCCGGAGCAAUUCAUCCACCCCCAGGGCCAGAAACCCUGCUGGGUGGAACGGCGACCAGCGCAGCGUGCGCUCGCCUAACCAUCAUUCUCCAGACCCGCGGCGCAGAGACGCUGCGGGGGCAUCCAAGUAUGGAGCAGAGGUUAGCAGGACUAGCUCUACCAGCGACUCUGGCCGGCGAUCAGGCCUGGAUGACAUGGACCUGACCGGGUCGCAAGUGGGAAGCCCAGCGCAGACCGGAAGAAGAAGAGAAGCUCCAAGGGGCACCGACAGACAGCGUGCUGUCGCAGAGGCCAGGACAUGGGGGGAGAAUUCAAGGGAGCGAACAAAUGGCCAUGGCAGCUUCGACAGCACCCAUGAGUGAAGCCGUCAGGUUCUGUUCCAGUCAUCAUUCCAGAACCCCCACCAUGGGUUGAGUCCACUCAUUCAUCAGCACCAGUCAGAUCCGAUCUUGGGACAUGGCGUCGGUCCAAGUGUCUGUGAAUAAGGCUUUUCUUGCCCUCCUGUGGCGAAUGCAAUUCUCCUGGCGCCCAUUCCUUGCCAAUGCGACCUGUGUGUGUCAUGCCUCUGGCGACUGGGAGCCUCAGGAGGAGCCUGUAGGAUUCAGUCAGAGGUAGACAGGUCAGUGAAGAAAGAGGAGGGGCGCGGAGUCACAUUGGCGAGUGUUUUGUUUUUUUUGGCGGCUAAAUGCUGAGUAUGUUCAGCUGCAUGUGUCCUUUUUGUGUAUGUGUACGUGUAAGACGUGUAAUAGCAACCGUGUCAGGUUUGGCUACCUGAGAGGCCUUUGAAGCUUCUGCUGCUGCUUCCUUCCCCUUGGGAAUUGGGAGUUCAGAGUUGAAAUGUAGGAUAGGCGAUGUUGUUGAGUACAUCAACUGUUUUUAC